CACCGGGCAUGCGCGGGAGAGGGCGCGCGCAGGCGCAGGCGCCGCGGGAGGCGCCGAGUCCGCUCCUGGCUUCCCGGCUUCCUCCAGCUUCUCCGGACCCGAGUCACAGCCACAGGUGGUCAUGGAGAAUGCCGAAGGUGCCGGCCAGCAUGUGCCCGAGCAGAGCGUGCCCGCCCAGGGGCCAGCCCAGAGCAUUGCUCCACAGGGGCCUCGGGGAGACCAGGGCCAGCUUCUUUACCACGAGGAGACCAUCGAUCUUGGUGGAGACGAGUUCGAAUCCGAGGACUCGAAUAAUUUCGCGGAUAAGCUCGAUGAGCCCCUGAUGGAGAGCGUGCUCAUCUCCGACUCCCCAAACAACAGCGAAGAUGACGCAGGUGACCUGGGAUGUCUGCAGGACGUGGGAGAGCCCGCCGAGGGCAGCGGUGAUCACAGACGGGGGCCCUGCACAGAAGAGGGCACGCUGGGCUCUCUGAGUGACGGCGGUGAGAGUGAUGGCGGGGACACGCCUCAGGACGUCUCGGACAUGACCCCUGACAGCAGAGCCUCGUUGAAAGAGGACCCCGAGCACGGUGACGUGGAAGACCCACCUGCUUUUGAACACAGGGGCGCAGAGGACCCGGGUCCGGGGGCUGAGCGGGUGCCCGCAGCAGGGCCGCCGUCAGGAACGUCCCCCCGGCAGCCAGCCCCCAAGGACGAGCCGGUGCCCGUGUGCACCAUCUUUAGCCAGCCGCCCCCCGGCGCCUCCACCCCAGCCCUGCGUGACGGCUUCGAGUCCCAGAUGGUGAAAUCACCCAGCUUCAGUGGCGCCAGUGAGGCUGCCCCCAGGACCCCGCCCCAGGUGGUCCAGCCGAGCCCCAGCCUGAGCAAGUUCUUCGGAGAUCCGACCGGCAGCAGCUCCUUGGCCUCGGACUUCUUUGAUUCCUUCACAACCUCCACCUUCAUCUCUGUCAGUAACCCCAACGCCAGCCCUUCCCUUCCGGAAAGCCUGUCUUCGCUCGCCGCUACCCCCGUGGGAGGAAGCUCCCCGGGUUCCGUGGACGCUGCCUCCUCCCCAGGGGUGGAGAGGCCAGGGUCGGGUGUCUCCACGGCGCCUCUGGAGACCUCGCAGUCCCCAAAGCCAUUCUCACAGAUCCAGGCGGUGUUUGCCGGCAGCGAGGACCCAUUUGCUACCGCCCUGAGCAUGAGCGAGAUGGACCGGCGAAGCGAUGCCUGGAUCCCCGGGGAGGCGACCAGGAGCGUCCUGGUCUCGGUCGCCACGCAGCAGUACGGCUCGGUGUUUGUGGACAAGGAAGACCUCACCAUGCCCGGCCUCAAGUUCGACAACAUCCAGGGAGAUGCAGUUAAGGACUUAAUGCUUCGCUUCCUGGGUGAAAAAGCUGCAGCGAAGAGACAGGUGCUGACCGCCAGCUCCGUGGAACAGUCUUUGGUCGGGUUGAAGCAGCUCAUCAGCUGCAAGAACUGGCGGGCUGCUGUGGAUCUGUGCGGGCGGCUGCUCACGGCCCAUGGCCAAGGCUACGGCAAGAGCGGGCUGCCGACCAGCCACACGGCGGACUCCCUGCAGCUCUGGUUUGUGAGGCUGGCGCUGCUGGUGAAGCUGGGCCUGUUCCAGAACGCCGAGAUGGAGCUCGAGCCCUUCGGCAGCCUGGACCAGCCGGACCUCUACUACGAGUACUACCCGCACGUGUACCCGGGGCGCAGGGGCUCCAUGGUCCCGUUUUCCAUGCGGAUCCUGCACGCGGAGCUCCAGCAGUACCUGGGGAACCCCCAGGAGGCCCUGGACCGGCUCCACAGGGUGAAGGCCGUCUGCAGCAAGAUCCUGGCCAACCUGGAGCAAGGCCUGGCGGAGGACGGGACCAUGAGCAGCAUCGCGCAGGAGAACAGGCAAGCCUCCGUGCAGCUGUGGCGGUCCCGCCUGGGCCGGGUGAUGUGCUCCAUGGCCAACUGCCUGCUGCUCAUGAAGGACUACGUGCUGGCUGUGGACGCGUACCGCGCUGUCAUCCAGUUCCACCCAGAGCAGGAGCCUCAGGUGCUGAGCUGCAUCGGCCGCAUCUUCCUGCAGAUUGGAGACAUAAAGACAGCUGAAAAGUACUUUCAAGACGUAGAGAAAGUAGCACAGAAACUGGAUGGACUACAAGGCAAAACCAUGGUUUUGAUGAACAGAGCUUUCCUUCACCUCGGUCAGAAUAACUUCGCAGAAGCGCACAGGUUCUUCACGGAGAUCCUGAGGGUGGACCCGUCAAAUGCAGUGGCCAACAACAACGCGGCCGUGUGCCUGCUGUACCUGGGCCGUCUCAAGGACUCGCUGCGGCAGCUGGAGGCCAUGGCCCAGCGGGACCCGCGGCAGUACCUGCACGAGAGCGUGCUCUUCAACCUGACCACCAUGUACGAGCUGGAGUCAUCCCGCAGCCUGCAGAAGAAGCAGGCCCUGCUUGAGGCCGUGGCCAGCAAGGAGGGCGACUGCUUCAACACGCAGUGCCUCAAGCUGGCCUAGCGCCCCCUGCGCACACCCCCCCCCCACCGCCUUCUCCAUCAGGCGGGCUGCGCACAGCAGGGGACCGGGGUGUCCCGGGGCCAUUCCCAGCAGCCUCAGGGAAGAGCUGACCACGUAACACACACGGUUCUCGCCCUGAGCCGGACCGUCCUAGAGAUUCGUAGAGGUCGGGGGGAGAGGGCCCGUUCCCCCGCCCCAGAGCUGCAGCUCCACUCUUCUCCCCCGGGCCUUUUCCAGCCUCUGCUGAGCCCCUCGGAGGAGGUCUGUUGCCCGGGGAGCGAAUCCAUUCUUCGUCCUGCGCGUUCCCAGCACUGGGGGCGGGGGCGCGGACACGGGCCUGUGUGCAAUGGGGGGUCCUGCGCCAGGUCAAGGAGUCACUGUUCUCAGCUCUGGGGGUCGGGGUCCGCUCUCACGUUCACAUGGUCACUCCUGCCGUUAAAGAGUCUAUCACACCUGGACUGAAGGACUCUGGCAGGGGCCCUUUAAGUUACCCAGCUCUGCUCAUACAUUUAAAACAGAGUUCCCUUAAGAUUCUGACAUAAACACGUAUUGCAUAAAGCAGAGCCAAGCCCUCUUUCUAGUCAUUUCCGUGGUAAACACACAAACACAGCAUCUCCUGAGCAGACGGUCUCAACGCAAUUGUUGAAACAGAUCAGUUACCCUGUGAAAUAGGAGAGACGGGAGAGGCCGCCAGGAGCACCAGCCCAACACCUCCAGAGAGAAUGAGGGGCACCUCCGGCUCACGCAGGGAGGGGACCCCCUCCCCCAGAGCGUCCGGAGCCUCUGGGCUGACAGUUGUGAUCGACCUGCUUUACACUCCGUUUUCCUUUAAGUUUCUAAAUCAAAUGCAUCAAGUAAUGUUGGCCUGCCUCCCGGGGAGGGGGGGGUCCAAGCCCAGGGGAGACCCACACCCCAUGCCCCCCGGGUCCCGGAUCCAGGCCUUAACUGCACAUCACACACCCAGGAAGCUCCCCAAACGCUGCUCCCCCGGAAUCUCCCCAAACCCCAGCAUGGCCGUCUGCAGAGAUGGGGCUCUACAGAGGUGACCAGGUGGGAUGGAGUCCCGAAGGUGGGGGCCCAGGGGUGCGCAGGAGAGGACCCGGCGAGGAGUGAGGCCCAGGGCCCACCCUGCAGCCCCAGCCCCGGCCUCUAGCCCCCGGGGCCGUGACAGGUCAGCGUCUGUUGCUGAAGCUGUUGUCCGCAGGGCUCGUCAGCUGAGCUGAGACACCUACACCCCUGGGGCCAUGCUCCCCACCCCCCGAAGUCAGGGAGCCAGACGGUCCUGAACCUCGUGGGAACACAUGCUCACACCUGGCCUGUAGGAGCAGAAAAAAGAUGGAGCAUUUCUGGAAAAUAAACUGGCAACUGAGUCAAAAA